CCUCCUGCUAGUGUUAGUAGCCUUUGAGUCUCACCAUGCGCCUUCGCCUCCGACGACUUCCAAGCGGACAUCAUCAGCUUCAGUAUCCAACACUCUCGCAUAAACACGAGCGACGUAUUUUUUCCCGAUUUUACUCGACAGGGACUUCAGAUGACUCGAAGGCGGGGCUCCCUCAACCUAGCGAUCUCUUGGAACAGUACAGAGGGCUCGUAGCACUAGGAAAGUUAAAAUAUGACCCCGAACAGGUCAGAGUAAUAAUGCAUCUCAGGAGGUUGCAGAGGGAUCUGGUUGACUAUGCGCCUCCGGUCUUACCACCGAGAUAUCUACGAGGGGAACCACAAUCCCAGGACAGCUUAAAUAAGGUAGGAAGCGAAGGAGAUCCAGAGGACGGUGAACCUUGGUGGUCAUACAGCCGGAAGGAGGAGACGGAAAUUGAGACGAGAGCAUUGACGAGAGUGAAGAGCCAUGUGGAGGAGUUGACAGAGUUGGAUACGCCAAAGGGCCUCUUUCUCACCGGCCCUCCAGGCUCCGGUAAAACCAUGCUCAUCAACAUGUGGUUCGCCUCCGUCCCCACACCCUACAAAGCCCGUAAACACUACAGUCAACUCAUACUCGAGAUAUACCGAGCGGCAUGGGAAGAAACGCAACGGCGUAUGUCAGCCAUACAUACUUCGCCGCAAUCUUCUCCACUACAUUCUACGUCCUCCGAGGAAGAAAGACCCCGCUGGACGAAAGGUAUUCGGGAACAUUGGCGCACACUCGUUAAUACAGGCUCACUUCCGACCUCUUGGACCCGUUAUCCCUCCUCCCGAGCAAAUUUGAGCUCGAUGUCGGCGGCAUCCCAGGAUCCACCGAUAGCAUUCGUAGUCGCCAAACGGCUCUUAUUACACCAUUGGCUCCUCGUCUUCGACGAGGUCCAACUCCUCGACGUUUCUAGCGCCACGCUCCUCGCUGACGUCUUAUCGUGGUUCUGGCGGAUGGGGGGCGUAGUCGUCGGGAAUUCUAAUAAGGUGCCGAAGGACUUGUAUUUGGGGGGAGUCGCGAGGGAGAGGUUGGAAGGUUUUGUGGAGGCGUUGGUGGGGAGGUGUCCGGUCGUUGAGAUGGGUGCCGGUGGGGAGGAGGCGAGGGAUUGGAGAGAGGUUAGGGCUGGGGAGAGUGAGGGGAGGAGGUCAUGGUUUACAUAUGGUGAGGAGCGUGAGUUUGAAGAGAUGAUUGAAAAGGUUACGGAGGGAUCACAAUCUUCUGUUCCUCAAACCGAUACACUGCAUGUCUUUGGUCGACCACUUCACGUUCCAUGGACUCUUAGAGACGCCUGCAAGUUCUCUUUUGCCGAGCUCUGUGAUCAGUCGCUAGGCACUGCCGAUUACUUGACCAUCACCUCGACCUAUCGUACCAUCAUCAUCACGGACAUCCCAAUCCUGAAGCUCUCCUCGAAGAACCAAGCCCGUCGCUUCAUCUCGCUCAUCGACGCGCUCUACGAAUCGCGAUGUAAUAUCAUGUGUCUCGCAGAAGCCGAACCUGAACAUCUUUUCUUCCCCGAGGCCGUUGAACCAGCUAAUUCAUCCGAUGCGACUGCUUCUCAAGACGGCGUUGGUAGUGUGGCAUUGAGUGGAACUGAAGGGGGAAUUCAGCAGGUGAACGACGACGUAGAUGUGAUGAUGGCCGAGUCGGUGUGGGAGACACAAGACGGGUACAGACCGAAUAUCUCGAGCUACGCGGAGCCAAAGAUGAGGGAGGAAAAGGCGCCACCGGCGGCUCCACUCGCUCUGGAGACGUUAUCCAUAUUUUCCGGCAAAGAUGAGCAAUUCGCGUAUAAACGUGCGUUGUCCAGAUUACUCGAGAUGACGAGUUCAAGCUAUGCGGCGGAGGAACUAUGGAUGCCGUUGCCCUCGACCGUACGCAAGUGGGAAGGAACGGGCUCUCGUGCUGCUAGUACCGAGUCCGUUUCAUCCACGAUUGCGAAGCCUGGGUCCCAGAGGGCGGGCGAGACGGGUGGACGAGAUGUGGGCGACUUUGCUGCAGAGGCUGCAUAUUCUGGAUCGACAUCGGCGCCUUUUAAAUCAAGGCCUGAGGCGCCGAGGAUAAGAGAACAUCAUAUGUGGGGCGUAGGUGGAUUUGAUCUGCCAGAGGAGGAGAUAGACGGCAUCGAUGUAAAGCAUACGGACUCUCAGGACAACAAGAAGUGA